CCCCUCUCAUUUUUUUGUCUUCUUUGGAUGUCAUGUUGUGAGAUCCAAGAAUCGUCGGCUUUACACGCAUUUGAUGAACUCGUAUGACUUCGGGGCUGGACUGGGGCCCCGCACAAACUUGCGUGAACUCGCUUAAGGUAAAUCUUAAUUUUACUACCUUCGCUUGACGAGAUGCGGGGUCUACGGAGGAGAAAUUUGGAGGGUAUGCAUGCUAAAUAUAGCCUUGAUAGGACUGGAUUUCUCAAAGGGCAUGCGGUAUUCACUUGGAUGGACUGACGUUGCGGGGAUAGAUUUCUGCCUAGUUUCUACUAUUGAAGUUUGUAAAUUUCUCAGCGAAAGCAAUGCUUCAUUCUGACCAGAAACCAGGAAUGCGCAGAUGAGUUUUGAGUAGGUGCUCUCUUUACUCCAACAUCCUCUCCGGGGGGGGGUAGAGACAGAAAUUUGAGCUCACACAGUCUUAUAGAAAAGACGUGGGUUUCUACGGUAUUUUAUGCAACAACAGAGAUAGAUUCGUAGCGAAAACACAUCCACAUCACAAACCCAGUAACCCAAUCACCCCAAAAAACAAACCAUCAAUACCCUCAAAAUGGUACAAUUCCGCGAUCUAGCAACCACAGACCCCAACUGGACCGCACCGCGUAAAAUCCACCGUACCAUCACCGCAUUCCUAACUGCCAAAAAGACACCCACAGACACAGCGCAAGAAAUCCACCAAAUAAUCACCACCGACACCCAAGAAUCCUACCUCUCAUACACCUCCAUCCCCACACCAACAGCUUCCCAACUCCAAAAUGGCGAGAUCAGAUACCCCGCGCCAAGCGAUCUCCUUCAUUUCCUAUUUCGCUGUGUAGGCAUGGCUGCGAUGGAGAUAUCUCCCCAUGACGCAGGACAAGAUUACUUGAUCGAAAUGCUUCAGGAAUUCAUGGCGAUACCCAGGGUGAGAUUGCCUGAUGCGACGGGUGGAAAGCUGGGGGAGGUGGAGAUUUAUUGUAUUACGCCUGAGAAUGGAUAUGCAGGGCUGGCGCAGUUACUUUGGGAUUUGAAUCAGAGUGAGGAAUUUCACAUCCUCUCUUCUUUAUAGACCUAAUCACGCUACGGAGUAGAUAUCUGUCGUCCCCCAAAACGAGAUACGCAGAACAAAAGUAAGAAUUUCGUUCUGAAUGCGUAUACAAACUACUCCUCCUUCCUCGCCCGCCUCCUAGAAGCGGGGGUAUGUGAAGUAACGAACCUCAGCGCUCUACUCACCGGUCCUUUUGCCUCAAGCAACAAAUCCUUUACCAAACCUCUCGGCUUCACAGGGACUAAGGAUCCUAUUGAAGUGGCGUCGGAAUAUGAGCCAUAUAUUUGUGCCGCAGCGCAAUGGAUUUUGUUUGCACCCAAGGCACUGAGGGAGAUGACGGAGAAGAGGGUUAGAGUUAGACCGAUGGAGAAGCUGUUUACCCAAGAUUUGUGGGAAGCUUGGAAGGAGAAGUUUGGGGCUGUUGUGAGGGAUGGGAGGUUUGGUGGGGAGGUGAGGGGGCUUGCUGGAGAGGUGGUUGGGAGGAUGGAGGGGAUGGAGGGGAGGGAGAUUCCGGAUUUUGUGGUUGAGAGGUUGGGGUUUGUGAGAGAGGAUGAUGAGGAUGACGAGGAUGAUGAAGAAGUAGAUGGGAGUGAGGAUCAAGAUUAA